AUGAACUACCGAGACCAGCUUGUUGAAUUCUACCAGAAGUACAACCCUGCAAAACUAGGGGAGGUGGAUGCCCUUUUGCAGACAUUUUCGGGUAGAGAGGAGUCGAUGUUUGCCGCGUUGCGGGCAAAGUAUCAGGGCGAGAGUAGUCGAGGUGCCUCGCUGAAUCUCAGUGGCGUCACUUCAGGAUCGGGUGCUGGUGCUGUUGAUGUUGUUGAUCCUACCGCCGAUGAAGGAAGCGCAGUGCAGGCGGAGCUGCAGGGCCUUCUCUGCGACAUGGAAGCCGUUGACUUGACCAAGGUGCUGGGUCAGAUGGCGGGCCAGGCAAGAGUGGAGGGUCCUCUUCUUGCACAUGCACUAACAUUCAUGCAGCACUUCGCCACGUGUGCACGUCGAUUUCAGGAACUGAGCGCUUCGGUGACGGCUGCACGAGUGCCACACACCGCACGACGGGAUGCAGCCACACAGGUGGAGGCUGCAACAGCGGGGCGGCAGGAUGCAGCAGUUCAGUCAGAGGUAGCGACAGCAGGCAUAGCGACGCAGACAGGCAGGAUUGGUGUUGAGGACGCCUGCAGUCCUUCCAGAAAUGACAUGAACGACGACGAGGACGUCAGUUUGGGCCAGGCGCAGGUGUCACCAAUGAACUCAGUGACACUGACACCCAACUCUACCCAGCAGAUGUCAGUACCAAUAGAGGUGGAAGAAGAAGAGGAGAAUUCAGAUAUGGCAAUUGAGCGUCGCGUCAUCGGCAGAGUCCAUAAGCUGCAGCCUGAGACGCGGCGGAGAGCGGCGGUCAUUGGGCCGAUACUGGAGAGUGGGCACAUCGGCGAUACAGACUCUAUCGUGCUGCACCCUGGCGUCUACCAUGAGAAUCUGCACUUUGUUGGCAGCGGCGCGGUGGAGCUGGUUGCAGUGUUUCCUGGCGCUGCUGUGAUCAUAAAGCCGUUGAGCACACUCGAGCCUGUCAUUCGUGCAGAGGGCAGCAGCACACAGCUGCGCGUGAGUGGCGUUGUGCUGGUGGAGAAGGAUGCAGUGGACAGCACGCCGGAAGAUCCGUUGGCGCAGGGUACGCCGCUGGUGGUUGCCGCAGCUGGUGCUCGCGUAGACCUGCACGGCUGCCACCUCUACCAGGGCAGCUGUGCGGUGGAGGCGAUGGGCGCGCAGACGGUGGCCCAUCUACGUCUCUGUGUGCUCUCGUCAUGCGCAUUUGCCGGUAUUUUCGCUCACCACGGCGCAAGGGCGGUAGUGGCACAGUGCAAAGUGAGGCUCUGCGAGGCGGGGAUACGCGUGGCGAGCAAGUCGUCGCUGCACGCGCGGGAGACGGUGGUGGAGGAGAACGUCACCGAUGGUGUCGUUGCGUACGAGGGCGCUGUGGGGCUCCUGCAGCGCUGUAGCGUGCUGCGCAACGGCGGCAAUGGCGUCUUCCUCGCCACUGGCGCCGCGCUCACGGUGGCGGAGUCGGUGGUGGAGCUGAACGGGCUGUACGGCGUCCAGCGGCUGCAGGGGGCGACGCUGCGGCUGCGUGACGGUGUGGUCCGUGACAACGCGCUACUCCCUGUAAACGACGCCGACGGUGCGCUAGAUGCGUGA